AUGGAUCGCCACAAUCCCCAACAAUCGGUGUACCCUCGUAGCCACGUCGGUUUCGACAGCAUCACAACACAAAUUGAGCGCAAGCUCUUGAAGCGCGGGUUCCAAUUUAACAUUAUCUGCGUCGGACAAACUGGGCUUGGAAAGUCGACUCUCAUCAACACCAUCUUUGCCUCUCAUUUGAUCGAUUCAAAAGGAAGACUCGCUCCCGAUGAGCCAGUACGAUCCACUACCGAGAUCCAAACUGUCUCACACGUUAUCGAGGAAAACGGGGUUCGUCUGCGGCUGAACAUCGUUGACACGCCAGGAUACGGUGACCAAGUCAACAACGAUAGAUGCUGGGAUCCAAUUGUCAAGUACAUCAAGGAUCAGCACUCAGCCUACCUCCGAAAGGAGCUCACGGCUCAGCGCGAACGAUAUAUUCAAGAUACCCGGAUUCACUGCUGCCUUUUCUUCAUUCAACCUUCAGGCCACGCAUUGAAGCCGAUCGAUAUCGUUGUGUUGAAGAAACUCUCGGAUGUGGUCAAUGUUGUCCCAGUCAUUGCAAAGUCUGAUUCCUUAACUUUGGAGGAGCGAAGUGCUUUCAAGGAGCGUAUAAAGGAGGAAUUCGCAUUCCACAACCUCAAGAUGUACCCAUACGACAACGAUGAGUUCGACGAGGAGGAGCGUGCUCUGAAUGCUCAGAUAAAGAACAUCAUCCCAUUCGCUGUUGUUGGGUCUGAGAAGUCAAUCAUUGUCGGGGGAAAGCAAGUUCGUGGACGUCAAAACCGAUGGGGAGUAAUCAACGUCGAGGAUGAGAACCAUUGCGAAUUUGUCUACCUACGAAACUUCCUCACCCGUACCCACCUUCAAGAUUUGAUCGAAACUACCUCUCAAAUCCAUUAUGAGACUUUCCGUGCUAAGCAACUGCUUGCCCUCAAGGAGAGCAGUGCAGCCGGAGGACACGCUGGUAGCCGACCUAUCAGCCCGUCUGCUGAUCGGGAGCUGAGCAGAAACUCUCAGCGAAACACCAUGAAUGGCUACUAG